AUGGACCCUCUCUCUAUCGGUUCCGCGGUGGUGGGCCUUAUCGCCGCCGCUGCGCGCAUGGCCCCCAUGCUGCACCACUUCGUCGUGCACACACGUGACGCGCCUAAAUCAGCCUCGCAGAUCCUCGACGAGAUGAACAGUAUUACCUCUGCGCUCGAACGUUUACAGGUUUACCUGAUGGGCGCAUAUAAAACCAAUGCCGCAAGACGGUCGAUGUUAAGUUUGAGGAACAUCGUGGCUACGUUGACGGCGUGUGUGACAACAUAUUCGGAUCUGGAGCAUGUUGUUAAGAAAUGCGUGGAUGAUGGGAAAGUAAAGAAAUUCAAGUGGACGAUGAACGAAGGAGAUGUUGGAGAGUUAUUGGGCAGAGCGCAGGCGCAUAAGCUGAGCUUGGUGUUCAUGUUGACGAUAUUGCAGUGUGAAUCGAUGCAAGAAGCUGAAGAUCACAUGCACCGUCUAGUGGAGUUGGUUGAAGGGCUUGUGGACAGUAACAUGGACUUAAGAAACCGCCUGGACGCCAUUGCAGCGGACCAUGCUUCAACGGAGGCUGCUGCACCACAUCUGCCAAUCGCGUCUACUCUUACGACUAUUCCCUUGGUUUCACAACAACCUUUCGAAGAAGACCUUAGUAGCUCUCGGGUAUAUCGGAAUCUACGACCUCGAGACUCUAUCUACUCACUCAACAGCUCGCAACGCGCUUCACUCGCUUUGUCCGCCUUUUCAGAUCUCUCUCUGGGUAAUGUCUCCGUGAUCUCUGUAUUAUGUCUUCCUGUUUGGAGCGUUGAUUUGAUGAAUGCGGAGCAUUAUCGCUUUGGGCGCGAGGGGCUUACCUUGACCAUGGCGGAGCUCACUGAGCGGUAUCCGUAUAUUGAGUUCCCGGAUCCAGACUCCUUGGACGAAAUGGACGUGCAAGUAGAAUCAGGUGGACACGGCAUCCCAUCUCAACCGGCUUCCCUUCCUUCGAGCAAUGUCUUUAAUUCUGCUUUGCCGAUUUCCACGAGCCCUUCUACUGUCGAAACGCCCCUCAAUGGAUCAGAUCUUGACGAACCAGAAGUCCUGUUUCUCGCCGCAAGUCUAUUUGAUUUCAACAUUAGUCACGACAGAAGGGAAGGCGGGAUUCCGUAUCUGAUAUACGUGCCCGGCGAGAUAUUCGACGUCAUCGGCAUGAAAGGCGAACUCUGGCUUGCUCGUAAUCAAGAUGAUCCACAGCGCAUCAUAGGCUGGAUCUGGGAAAAGCAUUUCGCUAGAAUGGUUCCGGACGACUCUAAAAAAGACUCUGGUGAUGAUCCUAUUGAAGUUACGUAUAACAAGCCUCGCUAUACUGAUGUAGUCGAGGCAACGCGAGGCACGAAUGCCCUCAUUGAUCGAUCUACAUCAGCGACAGAGGGCCGAGCCCGUAGUGAGAAACUUGAGGACGAGAAUGAGGUCUCGGUUCAGGAUCCAGAGUUCAGCACAGGGUUGUCGAUAUCUGGACCUUCAGCUUCACAAUUCCGCGACAGGUCACUCAUUAACUACCGUGGAAGAUUUGUUAAUCAAUUUGCUGAGGGUUUAGAUCAAGAUGAUAGCACUCGUCCUCUACGAAGGCGGCGUUGGUACCAUCGUAUAUAG